AUGCUGAGAAGAAACCUCUCAGAAGGGGUCACUGAAUUUCUCUUCUCUGGAUUCUUGCAGUUGCAAGAGGGCAGUCUUCUGUUCUUUAUCCCACUGCUGAUCAUCUAUGUGUUUAUUGUGAUUGGAAAUCUGACUGUCUUCUUUGCUGUGCGGCUAGACCCCCAUCUGCACAAUCCCAUGUACAACUUCAUCAGUAUCUUCUCUUUCCUGGAGAUCUGGUACACCACAGCCACCAUCCCCAAGAUGCUCACCAACCUGGUCAGCGAGCAGAGAACUAUCUCCUUCCUUGGCUGUCUCCUGCAGAUGUACUUCUUCCACUCACUGGGGAAUUCAGAGGGGAUCUUGUUGACCACCAUGGCUAUUGACAGAUAUGUGGCCAUAUGUAACCCCCUACGUUACCCAUCUAUUAUGACACCACGGCUCUGUGCCCAGCUCUCUGCUGGCUCCUGUGUCUUUGGUUUCCUUGUGCUGCUCCCUGAGAUAGUUUGGAUCUCCACACUUCCUUUCUGUGGUCCCAACCAGAUCCACCAGCUCUUCUGUGACUUUGAGCCUGUGCUUAGGUUAGCCUGUGCAGACACAUCUAUGAUCCUGAUGGAGGACAUCAUCCAUGCCAUUGCCAUCAUCUUCUCAGUACUGGUUAUCUCCCUUUCCUACAUCAGGAUUGUGGCUGUUAUCCUGAAAAUCCCCUCUACUGAUGGUCGCCUGAAGGCCUUUUCCACCUGCGCCUCUCACUUGGGGGUCUUUGUCUUGUUCUAUGGCAGUGUUUCACUCAUGUACUUACGCUUCUCUGCCACAUACCCACCUGUCCUUGACAAGGUCAUUGCACUGAUGUUUGCAGUUAUGGCUCCUUUCUUCAAUCCUAUCAUCUACAGCUUGAGAAACAAGGACAUGAAGAUUGCAAUUAAGAAGAUCCUAUGCCGCAAAAAGGUGCUGAACAUGUCUUCAGGUCAGUGA